CCGUUAUAGUUUAUUCCGGUGAGCAAGACUCUCAAAUCGCCUUAUGGUUGUUAGACAUCAACGCUUUUUGUAUGUCUGUGGGAAUUUGCUUCUGUUAACGCACGAAGAGCUACAGAGACGGAUUCGCCACGGGUUGUUUUAUCCCCACCAAGUGUAAUUCGGCACGCCAAAAGACGCCAGGCUUUAUUAUCAGCCGAGAGAGAUACUUUUUCCCCUGGUCCUGUGAUCGAGGUGCUGUCGCUGACCCUUGACAGACAUUUCUCAGCUGCUUGGUUUUAGGAGGAGAGGACGCAAAGAUGCCCAAACCGAUCAAUGUUCGUGUGACCACCAUGGAUGCAGAGCUGGAGUUUGCCAUUCAGCCCAACACCACUGGAAAACAGCUUUUUGAUCAGGUCGUGAAGACAGUGGGCUUGAGGGAAGUCUGGUUCUUUGGCCUUCAAUAUGUGGACAGCAAGGGCUACAUAACUUGGCUCAAACUCAAUAAAAAGGUGACACAGCAAGACGUAAAGAAAGAGAACCCACUGCAGUUUAAGUUCAGAGCCAAGUUCUUUCCCGAGGAUGUUUCAGAGGAGCUCAUCCAGGAGAUAACCCAAAGACUCUUCUUCCUUCAGGUGAAAGAGGCCAUCCUGAACGAUGAGAACUACUGCCCCCCGGAAACAGCCGUGUUACUUGCCUCAUACGCAGUGCAGGCCAAAUAUGGAGACUACAUGAAGGAUGUUCACAAGCCCGGAUACCUCACUCACGACCGACUGCUGCCUCAGAGAGUGCUGGAGCAGCACAAACUAACCAAGGAGCAGUGGGAGGACAGGAUCCAGACAUGGCAUGAGGAACACAGAGGAAUUCUCAGGGAGGACUCCAUGAUGGAGUACUUAAAAAUUGCCCAGGACUUGGAGAUGUACGGGGUCAAUUACUUUGAAAUCAAAAACAAGAAAAGCACCCAGCUGUGGCUGGGCGUGGAUGCGCUCGGUCUUAACAUCUACGAGCACGAAGACAAGUUGACUCCAAAGAUCGGCUUCCCCUGGAGUGAAAUUCGAAACAUCUCCUUCAAUGACAAGAAGUUUGUGAUCAAACCCAUUGACAAGAAAGCACCAGACUUUGUGUUUUACGCUCCGCGACUGCGCAUCAACAAGCGCAUCUUGGCCUUGUGUAUGGGGAACCAUGAGCUGUACAUGAGGAGGAGAAAGCCCGACACCAUCGAGGUGCAGCAGAUGAAGGCCCAGGCCCGGGAGGAGAAGCACCAGAAGCAGAUGGAAAGGGCCCAACUGGAGAACGAAAAAAAGAGGCGAGAGGCUGCAGAGAAGGAGAAAGAGAAGAUUGAACGCGAGAAAGAAGAACUCGGGCAGAGGCUGAAACAAAUUGAAGAGCAGACCAUGAAAGCCCAAAAAGAGCUGGAGGAGCAGACUCGCCUGGCCUUGGAGUUGGAGCAAGAGAGGAAGAAAGCGCAGAUGGAGGCCGAGAGGUUGGAGAAGGACAGACAAGCAGCUGAGGAGGCCAAAGGCGAGCUGGCCAAACAGGCCGCAGACCAGCAGAAGAACCAAGAACAAUUGGCUGCUGAACUUGCUGAAUUCACAGCCAAGAUUGCUCUUCUGGAAGAUGCCAAGAAGAAAAAAGAAGACGAGGCCACAGAAUGGCAGCAUAAGGCUCUGUCCGCCCAGGAGGACCUGGAGAGGACCAAAGAGGAGCUGAAGACCGCCAUAACCACAGUGCCAGCCCCUCUGGGUGGCCACGGUGAAAGCGACCAUGACGAGCAGGACGAGAACCACGCCGAGGCGAGCGCCGAGCUUUCCAACGAGGGUGUCAGCCACCUGGACCUGCGCAGCGAGGAGGCUCGCAUCACCGAAGCCCAGAAGAACGAACGGGUCAAGAAACAACUCCAGACUUUAAGUUCCGAGUUGGCCUACGCCAGAGACGAAACCAAGAAGACCCAGAACGACGUCCUGCACGCCGAGAAUGUGAGAGCGGGUCGAGACAAGUACAAAACGCUGCGUCAAAUCCGACAGGGCAACACAAAGCAGCGCAUCGAUGAGUUCGAAUCCAUGUGAAAAAGACCUCUGCUCGCCCCCCCCCCCCCCCCACCCCCCUUCUCGUUCACUCCGAUCCACCCGCCCCCCCUCCAACCCUACGAUCUAUCUUGUCAGCCUGCCAAAGUGGUGCUCCUCAUGCCCUGCUUAAGAAUUGGGGAUAUGUGUGUGUGCCAGAGAUCCAACCCAGUACGCGUGACAGCAUCACACUACAGACAACAACAUGGAUUCUUUUCGUCACAGUAUGUCUGCCCUCUUUUUGCUUUUACCUUCUUCCGUUUUUGUUUCAAUCAUUUUAGCGUUUGUUUUUAGCCACCUCUCAAAGUCUGAGGCUCCACCAAGGACUAGACCCCCACAGAGAGCAGGAUUGGAAGGGGGGCAUGUAGAUGAUACAAAAAACUGAUGUUUAACUUCAAAAGGGUUCUGAAGUAUAUCCGUUCAAACUGGAUUUUUGUGUUUGUAUUACUUCAUUUCACAUUGUAUUGGGGAGGGGGGGAUACCUGACCCGACCCGACCCGACCCAUCACCUGUCAGGUGUGGAUGGAUGAAUGUAGCAAAGGUGACAAAGGGAAAGUACGUUAGGCACUGAGCCCCCGGCUGGGAAGUGUGAUGUCUCACGGAGCCUUGGUGUAGAUGCAUCACUUUGCAACCGGCCGCGGAGCUCCUGAACAUCAGUCUACCUCUUUGCCGCGCCCCGCUCCCCCCUUUCCAAAAACGAGGUGGCCUUAGUGUUCAGCUGCAUUUUAGAGACGUACGGAAUACGCAACGUGGUCUGAGGUGGGCUUGACGACUGCAUUGGCAAGCAACUCCCAUUUCACGUCAUCAAUUCAAGUGGAUCGUCGUCUUUGCACGUUUCCAACAAACCCACUCGAUAACUUUUUCUCUUAACAGUCCCAACAACGCUUUCAUGCUGGUAUUUAACUCUACUUGACAGCUGGUGCAGGUCCAGGGCUUUUUAAAGCUCUUUGCCUGCCCUCUCUGUGUAACAUGUUUGCCAACGGCAGGUACACACGCUCAUGUGCUUUUCAGUUGCGUUCCCAAAGACUAAAACCAGCCCAUGAACAUUUUCGUUGUUUAAAAAAAGGUUGGCUUUUCAAUUUUCUUAAGUCUCGCCCCGCCCCGUGACGCCAACCUGUGUGAUGAUGAUGAUGAUCUGGCACCAGCUGUCACAGUGCUGUUGUUUAUUUGAGUCAAUAUGUUUAUGUUAGAGGAUUCUUUAUGGAAAUAUGGUUUGCUGGAUCACCAAUAAAAAAAAUUACAUUUCA